CGUGGUAGUUGUACUGUCAGUCUGUCAAACUAUGACUUCUAAAUAAGUACUGUUGAUUUAAAGCUUGACUAAUGACUAUGAACACGAAGACCACUAUAUAAACAAACGCAAUUUAAAUUGCAUUGCAGGAUCCACACCGUCGCAUGACGGGCGGAAGCCACCUAAGAGUGGACGUCACGGAAUAAGUGCAGUCACGAAAGCGCAUCUUGUGGAAAAAAUGAAUGCACGCUCUAAUAUGUCUCCUCCACAAUCAUGUGACACCUUUGUUGUGCUACCGCCUCACACAAGUGAUAAUCAAGUUAUAUUUGGUAAAAAUUCUGACCGGCCUCGUCAUGAGGUGCAGGAAGUUGUGCAUUUCGCGGGAGGAAUCAGACAGGGACCAUUAAAGUGCACAUACAUUAAAAUUGAAGAGAGCUGUAAGCCCCUAAAUGCUGUAAUACUGAGCAAGCCAGGGUGGAUGUGGGGAGCGGAGAUGGGUGCUAAUGACAAGAAUGUGGUCAUUGGCAAUGAAGCUGUAUGGACGAAAAAUGACAAGGGCCUCGGAAAUGCUCAGGAAAAACGCUUGCUGGGAAUGGAUCUUGUUCGCUUGGGAUUAGAACGAGGCAAUACUGCUGAAGACUCAAUAGAUGUUAUUACAUCUCUUCUUGAAAAAUAUGGACAAGGUGGUCCCUGCAGUGAGCAUGAUGACAGUCUCUUUUACCACAACUCGUUUCUUAUUGCGGACCCGACUCAAGCAUGGGUGCUCGAGACAAGCGGAAACCUGUGGGCUGCGGAGAAAGUGUUGUCAUACAGGAACAUCUCUAAUGGCCUAACUAUCACUACGAAGAUCGACAAAAUGUCUGAUGGAUUAAAAGAAAAAGCGCAGGAGUUAGGACUUUGGGAUGGACAGGGCGAGUUUAACUUCACGAAAGUUUUUUCAUCUGGCGGUGACGUCCACCGUCAACUCGAUGGUGAGGCACUUCUCAGAAAUGGCUGUAAGGAUUCAGAAUUCACCAUACAUGACAUGUUCUAUGUGCUGCGGCACAAGAAGAGCCGAAUAUGCCGAGGGUGCGAUGAUGGCUUCCCCACCCAAGGAAGUCAGGUAUCAAUUUUAACGGAGAACGGAAGAAGCGUCCAUUGGUUCACGGCAACACCAGACCCUAGCGUGUCGCUUUUCAAACCUUUUGUCUUCACUCCGAAUUGCGAGACUUCGUGCUACACAGAGAGCCUCCAGGAACCCAAGCACGAGAGUCGUUUAUACAAGCUACAUGCAGAUCAUAUAAUCCGAGGCACCAAAAGCCAAGAACUGAUCAGACAGUUACAAAUAUUGGAAGCCGAAAGCAUCGAGCGAGUGGAAUCAACGCUACGUCACUAUGACGCCGGAGAAAAUUUAAACAUUGACAAUCUGAUGGAAGAUUAUGUUAUGAAAGAAGUGAAAAUUUACAUCGUUGACACCGAAAACGAAUAGAUUGUAAGAAUAAAUGUAACGGGUUACGACGACAAAAGGUACCAUGUGGCGGUCGGUGCUUACGUCGUUCAACACCGCAUGCGUAAUAAUAACGUAAACACAGUAUAAUAAAGAGUACUAACGUACAAUAUGGCCACUACCGCUCCCCGCUGAAAGUGCCGCCCACCCCCUCUCGGUUACCUCACAGUUACCGCCUGUCAAAAACGUGAACAGUCGACCUGUCAUAUGUCACUCAUACAAGCAUAAUACGCGUUCACCUACACGAGCUUAGACUGUGUGGAACGCGCCUCUUUCAUAUAUUUGAUCGCUAGUGUCCGAGGUGUGACGUAAGUGCCAAACACCAUAAAUGAACCUUUACAUCGUUUAAAAACGUUUAAAAACUAUUUAAAGGGUCAUAAAGAAACCAAAGAUAUUAAGAAUAUUUAAAAGUUGUUAUUGUUUAUGUUUUUGUUAUUUUCUUUUGUUAUAAAAUUAAAUUUUAUGGAAUUUAAAUGAAUAUACAAAUAAUAAAUGUAUUACAUUUCUACAUCACACAACUUCGUAUCGUUAUCAGACUCUUUUUGAAUGAUCUCGAUGUCAAUAGCGAUGUACUUAGUAGCGAAUGUGUUAUAUUAUACUUAUAAUAUAGUGUAAACAUAGCCUUUAUUUCCAUGACUUAAAAUAAGUUUUAACAAUCUGUAAAUAUUUCAAUCUCAAAACGUGGUUAAGACAUGGCCCCUGUUCGGGUAUAGGCCUCCUCCAGCUGCCUCCAAUCACUUCUUUUUUGUGCCUUUUCCAUCCAGUCUGUCCCCGCUAUGUUUUUGAUUUCAUUGACCCAACGAUCUUUUGGUUUUCCUGAUCUCCUUUUCCCGCUUGGACCCAACCAUUUUGUGACACGUUUUGUCCAUCUGUUAUCUGUGACCCUGGCAAGAUGUCCGGCCCAUUUCCACUUUAGCCUUUGAGUGUGUUGUACUGCAUCUAUUAUUUUUGUUUUCCUGCGUAUGUCAUCGCUUCUUUGUUUGUCUAUAAGUUUUAGUCCUAGGAUGCUUCGUUCCAUAGCUCGCUGGCAUGAUCGUAUUUUGUUUUUUAUUCUAUAUGUAAAUAUCCAGGUCUGUGCACCAUAAGAUAGGCAUGGCAGCAAGCAAGAAUCAAUUACUUUCUUUUUUAACUUAAGCGGUAGUUUUGAUUUUAAUAUUUCUUUGAAACUCCAAUAUUUCUUCCAAGUAAUGUUGACUCUGCGAUCUACUUCGUCUUCGUGUCUUGUUCUGCUAAAAGAUAUUUGCUUGCCAAGAUAUAUAUAGCUAUCUACAUACUCUAUCUGUGUCUUGUUUAAGAUUAUUGGAUGUUUGUAGCUAUUUGUAGCGACUUUUGUUUUCAUAGUGUUAAGUUGUAAUCCUAUAGCUUGGCUAGCCUUAUUCAGUUCUAUAAGCAUUGUUUCUAGUUGUUUUGAUGUAUUUGUGAAUAUUACAAUAUCAUCUGCGAAGCGCAGGUUGCUCAGGAACUCUGUGCCAACCUGUAUUCCUUUCCUUUCCCAGUUUAAGUUUUUCAUAAUAUUUUGAAGUACAGCUAUGAAAAUUUUGGGUGACAGUGGGUCCCCUUGCUUUACGCCUCUACGAAAUGAUAGGUCCCAGCCUGUCUAAUUUUAUUCUACUUUUACUUUUCUUGUAUAUAUCUUUAAUUAUAUAAUAUAGUAAUAAGUAGUAUUACAAUCAUCUACUAUGACUUGUAACGAAAGUUUCGAUAAAGUUUAUUGCAAGACAA